AUGACCAGGAAAGCAAGUCUUCUAGCUUUCAAAGAGAUACAAAUACAGAAAGAAGAACAAGGAAGAGCUAAGGUGUCUGAUACCUGCAUCAAGGCCAUUUUUGACUUUAUCAUAUACACCGAUAGAUCUCCAAGACCAAGGGAUGGACAUCCAAAUAACAUAAAAAGAUCAAUAUACGAUCUGUAUGACUUCCAAUACGACUGGCUUGGAAAAUCUAAAAAUGCUCGUUAUUAUCAGCAUCACAAAGCACUACACAAGAGAGAAACACAUACCACGGGACAAUAUCGUUUUAACAAAAACCAAAAAGAAUUCGGCAAAGAGUAUGCUAUGAUGAAAACAAAGCACAUCCGUGAUGCCCGAAAAGGACUGGUGAGUAUGCAAUAAUGGAAGUUGAAUAUAAUUGAACAAGUAUGCUUGUUUACAUGCAAACCAGAAAUUUGAA